CUAUACGCUAAACACAGUGCCGGUUCGUAUUUUUGGAGUAAAACAAUAAGUUAAUUUAUAUAGUCUAAAUCUAAAAUGGAUUUAAGCAUGAGUGAAAUGGACGUCUGUGAUGAUGAACAAUUAGAUGCAAAGAAAUGCUACAAAUGUGGUUACGAUUUAUUGGACAAUUUAAACGUAGUGUACAACUCGUCAAGUUCAAUCUUUAUAUUCUGGAACAAAUACCAGUUAUUUCUGUACGAAAACAUGAAUUUUGAAGACACUACGAGAAUAUUCACUCCAGAGUUUAGAGUGCAACAGAUUAUAAUAUCGAAUAAUUAUUUAAUUUGCCUUGAUUGCCGUGGACACGUGCACGUAACUUCGCUUAAAUUCAAAAACACCCACAAACGUUUGAAGACGAGUUUUUUACCGCGCGAACGGAAUAUUUUAGCCUUCGUUGAAUGUGGAGAAUAUGUAAUGAGUUUAAAAGGAGAAUCGGGAACUUACUUCCUUUGUUUAAAUACAAUAAACAGUGAUUUCCAACCAAAAAGAAAGAUUGCAAUUUGUUAUAAGGAUGAGAUUGGUCUAGCUCUGAAAACUACUCAAGACAAAUGUUUGCUAGCUGCUUCCAAGAUCACUAGCAAUAAUGAAGAGAUAAAGCGAAUCUUUAGUGUUAAUCUUAUAGAAAAGGAUACUCAUAUUGUAAUUAUGUCAUUUGACAGAAUGAAUUUGUUUGCCUGUUUAUUUAGUUCUAACACAGUGCAAGAUGAGAUUCAGCUGAUCAAGCUUUACUCAUGUCCGUCUGAAAUAUGCAAUAUCCAAAUCAUACAGUUGGAAGAAUUUAAUCUGAUAAUAGUUCUCAAGUCCGGCACCAUUUUAAAACUUUCACUUCAGAAAACACCACAAAUGGUUGUCCCAAUCCAUUUAAACACUGCAGUUAACAAGUUCAUACUUUUUAAAGACACAUUAAUAUACACAGACGGUCUUUCUAUAUGGAAAACAGAGAACAUUUUUUCUAAUAUAACUUUCAAGCAAUAUUUCCUCCGGCAGGUCAAAGACUUUGUCCGGGUCGGAGACCAGUUAGUCUGCACCACAUUUUCGAAGCUGAUCUAUGUUAUACCAGACGAUGACUUAAGCUACCUGGAGCCACCAUCGGUGCACUGCCCUGUUGAGAAACUGUUAAACAAUUCUGAAUACCUAUAUAAGUUGUUAGAAGAAGUUGAUAAGAACAAUGUACUGAUUGAAAAACUUAAUGAAGAAGGGAAUUAUAUCACCGCACUGGCCUUAUCUAAUAGACAAGAUUUAAUGGACAACAUUUUAAAAAACACAAUCACUGUUUAUGAGCAUUACGAGGAUGCUGUCAAAGAGAAUCCAGAUUUAACAAUAACUGAGGACUUAAAAGAGUAUUUCAAAGCAGAGUCAGUUUACUUCCUCGUAAAAACGAGAAUAAUGCAAAUGGAGAAUUUAGUUAAUCAAGUUAUGUCACAGCUGUUCAGGAAUUCCAAGAUACACAUAUCGCUUUUUUCAGAGGAUAAACUAUUGAAAACUAACAGCCUGAAUUUAUCAGAGACAUUUUAUAAAAUGAAUGUGUUAAUACCUCUUGAUUACAGAUCCGUGACAAAUAUGUCUGUUGUUAAAGUAAACAUAAAAAUAGUCACUCAUCUGCCGGGUGCUUUUGAUUCUAAAGAACCAACAUGGACAACCCUGUACUCAAAAGAAAUUAUUCUAAACUCAGAGCAUUUCAUCAAAACAGAUUUAAUAUCAAAUAGACCAAGAAGUCUGAAAGAACCUCAAGAAAAAAUCGAUGAGAUGAUUGCAAAAAUUGCCAGCAACCAACAUGGGAAUUUAUUUAAAUUCACUGAUACCACAAAUCCAUCAGAGUCAGAAUUUUCCAUGUAUGUCAAACUACCAGUAAAUUAUGCUGAAAUAUUUAAAAACCAGGAACUGUUCAAUUAUUUAAAUACAAGAAAGGCGGAGUAUCUUUCAAAGCAACUGUCUUCAGAAGAGUUUUUGAAAUCCAAUAGUAACCUAACAUUUGAAAUUGGAAGGCACAAAGUGGAUGUUGAAAUCGUAACAGAUGAAAGUCCAGUAAUCAAAGUGUCUGGUGCUGAUAUUGGCAAAGUGAUGGGUGUACGAAACUUCUUUGCUGAUUUACUUUAUGGAGAUUACAAGAUGACCGGUCCGGAUGUUCAAUUCACAGAUUAUGCAUUUUAUACCAAUGUUGAGAAUCUACAAAAGACCAUAAAAGACCGCAUGGAGAGUCCAACCUCAGCACAUCUUCAACAUUUAGCUGAACAGUUACAGAAGACAAUAGGGAAUUUGCCAAUUUGAGUUCAGUAUAUUGCGAUUUUCGCGGGUUUAGA